GUCGACGAAUCCAACGAUGGACCCCAAAGCGUCCGCCCUCCGGCGACCCACGAAGAAGAGGACGACAAUCCAAGCCCUAAGCCUCGACAUUCUUUCUAUAAUCUUCUCUUUCUUCGACAUCGUGCAGCUUAUUCAGUGCUCCGCCGUCUGCAAAUCAUGGAGAACAGUCGUUGAUAAGGUGAAGUUAUUGCAAUUACAAUAUCACAAGGAACAAGAAAGUGAUUCUUCAGGGAUUUGUGAUGCGUCUACAUGUGGGGAAAGAUCAUGGAAGAGAGAUUUGGAACAGAUUGGGAUGGAUCGGCAUCGGCGAUCUUUACAAGAAGGUUCCAUUGCUGUUUGUCAGUGGAAAGGUCAUUCGGUUGGGGUUGAUCAGUGCCGAAUGAAGAUGGGUUUGAUUCUGACGGGUGUGGGCGAUAAGGUGAUGCGUCUCUGGUCGGCAGAGAGCUACAAAUGUUUGGAUGAAUAUUCUCUUCCAGAUAGAGCCCCUUUAAUUGAUUUUGAUUUUGACGAGAGCAAGGUUGUUGGGCUAGUUGGCACCCGUUUAAGCAUAUGGAGACGUGAUGCAGCAAGAAAUAUAAUUUCCUCGCGUGAAAGUCUUUUUACCAAGGCUUUGUGUAUGCGUUAUGUAGAUCCAGAAGCUGCUGUUGGAUGUGAAGAUGGGAAAGUUCGUGUAUAUGACAUGUAUAGUAGGAAAUGUUCUCGAAUAAUUAAGAUGCAUCAAGGACCUGUGACAUGCUUAUCUUUUAAUGAUGAUCAGUUGGUCAUUAGUGGUUCGUCUCUUGGCAGUAUCUCGAUAUCAGAUCUUUCAUCUGAUCAGCGGGCUAAUUCAGACCUCUCUCAUGCACCAGAAGCCUCAAGGCAGGUAAUGAUGACUGACCUCUUACCCUACAAGUCUGCUCUCUCAUUGCCUGGUCUAGGAACCAAUCUAACACCCGUACCUAAACUGAACAACUCUUCAACAAAUCCUUGUCCUAACUAUUUGGUGGCUUAUGCUAUGCCUUACCUCAUAGUUUUUCACUAUUGCUGCUUUCACAGGAACAAAACAUGUGAAAUAAGGUCCUUGUGUCUCAACCCUUGGUCCCAUUACCUGUUUGCUGGAUCAUCUGCUGGCUCUGCGUAUUGUUGGGACCUUAGGGCAACGAAUAAACCUCUGUGGGAGACACGAGUGAGUCCAAAUGUUCUAUACACGAUGCAUCACCUACGUAGUGACACAUCCGCACUAGUUAUUGGCGGAAUAGAUGGCGUGCUACGAGUAGUGGACCAAGACACAGGUGAAGUAUUUUCGAGGUGCAUUUUAGAUGAAAGUAGCAGUGUAUCAAAUCGUUCUAAAGACGCGCAUGGAGUCAUUGAAAGGAAGAAAGGUAAAAGGCUCCCGGAAGAUGCUCGCAUAGAUCUUAUGCCUAAAACUCAUCGGCCUCCCAUCACAUGCUUGGCUGUUGGAAUGGAGAAGGUUGUGACUACACACAACGACAAGUACAUCAGGGUAUGGAAGUUCAAAAAAUAA